CCUGGCGGCGUAAACAGGCUGCGGCGACCGCGGACGGCGUUCUGGAGUGCCGGCCGCCAUGGACCGGCUCCGCGAUGAUUACGACCCCUACGCGGUUGAGGAGCCCAGCGACGAGGAACCAGCUUUGAGCAGCUCUGAAGAUGAAGUGGAUGUGCUUUUACAUGGAACUCCUGACCAAAAAAGAAAACUAAUCAGAGAAUGUCUCACUGGAGAAAGUGAGUCAUCUAGUGAAGAUGAAUUUGAAAAAGAAAUGGAAGCUGAAUUAAAUUCGACCAUAAAAACAAUGGAGAACAAGUUAUCUUCUCUGGAAACAGGUUCUUCCUCAGGGAAUGGGAAAGUUGGAACAACAUCAACAAAAUACUAUGAUGAUAUAUAUUUUGAUUCUGAUUCUGAGGAUGAAGAUAAAACCACACAGAUGACCAAGAAAAAGAAGAAGCAGCGACACAGGAUUCCAACAAAUGACGAAUUAUUAUAUGAUCCUGAAAAAGACAACAGAGAUCAGGCCUGGGUUGAUGCACAGAGAAGAGGUUACCAUGGCUUUGGAAUCCAGAGGCGACAUCAACAGCAACACCCUGUUCCAAAUAGUGAUGCUGUUUUGAAUUGCCCUGCCUGCAUGACCACAUUGUGUCUUGAUUGCCAAAGGCAUGAAUCAUACAAAACUCAAUAUAGAGCAAUGUUUGUGAUGAAUUGUUCUGUUAACAAAGAGGAGGUCCUAAGAUACAAAGCCCCAGAAAGCAGAAAGAAAAGGAGAGGCCAUAAGAAGAUGCGGUCUAGUCAUGAAGAUGCUUCAGGGCAGGUAGAGACAGAAGUGGAAGAAAUCUACCACCCAGUGAUGUGCACUGAAUGUUCCACUGAAGUGGCAGUCUACGACAAAGAUGAAGUCUUUCAUUUUUUCAAUGUUUUAGCAAGCCAUUCCUGAAAAAGUUCAUACUUAAUUACUCAAUACUGUAUAUAAGGUAAAUAUGAACAGUUACUUUCCUACUACUUACUCCUGUCAAGUGACAUUCUCUGGUUAUUUGAAGAAGCAGCAUUUUAUCUUUACCUUUUUGAAAGAGAAUGGUUAGCCUUCAUUUUGCUCUUGUUUCUUUAUUUAAAAUAAUUUUCCUCAACACUGAUAGGACUAUCAUUCCACUUUUGAUGAACAUUUGGUAAUAAUGGGGCUUUAAUUUACUAAAACUCUUUAAAAUUAAAAUAUUCUCGAGUUGUAUAAUUAAACUUUGUUUCAGAGUAUUAUUUUUAUCUUUUUACUUUGGAUAUUCUGAUGGUUUGUUUAAACUAGAAAUUAUGCUAAGAUGUGUAUUUUUUCCCUUCUACCUUUUAGAAUGGAGAGGAAGUAUUUAGUUAUGGUUACUAUUACAUGGAGUUAGAGCCUUGAGUAAAUAGAGGUCUUUCUCUAACAGGACUGUACUUACCAGUAUUCUAAAUGUAAUGAUUAACAUUGUAAAAUAAAAAUUUGUGGUGAGAGAGAGCUUAUCUUCUGAUCUUAGACUUAAAAAUUCUGUUGUUGUCUGU